UUGGCAGCCAGUUUGUUGUGGACCGGCAGUGCGUUGGGAGGUACCGGGACUUUACACUGUCUCAUCAGUGACAUAAAUUUACCAUCAUACACCUGCCAGCAUUGUAGGUUGCCGACCAAGGGACGCACAUUGCCAGUCCGAGAUCGGGCGAGGCGGCUCCACACAAUCGGGGGAGGCGACAAUCUGAUCCUCUCUUCUUUUAGACUGCAACAUUCACUGAGGAAGCGACGCCCACCAUUGCCACAGCACGAUGGCGCUUGACUGUGGGACGAUGUUCGCCAAGUACCUCCUCUGCUUCUUCAACUUCGUUUUCUUCGCUGCCGGAGGUGCUGUGCUGGCUCUGAGCAUCUGGCUGGCCGUGGAUAACACCUCCUUUCUGCUGCUGACGCGGGUGAGUGACAAUGAGAGCCUGCAGGAGUUCAAUCACCCGUCCGUCAUGGAGCACGGCGCCUACGUCCUCAUCGUGGCGGGCGGCCUCGUCUUCCUCAUCGGAUUCCUGGGUUGUUGCGGCGCCGCCAUGGAGUCCAGGACGCUGCUGACACUGUACGGCCUCAUGAUCAUCGUCAUCUUCGUGCUGGAGGUGACUGCUGGCGCCCUGGCUGCUGUUUACAAGACAGAGGCAAAACAAGAGCUGCAGAACUUCCUGAAGCACACCCUCAAGAAGUACUACUCGACUCCUGACCAAGCCAACUCCGUCACUGUCGCCUGGAACGCCGUCAUGUCCGAGCUGCAGUGCUGCGGCGUGAACAACUACACAGAUUUCGAACAAGCGACGCUGUGGCAGGCCAACAAGUCGAGCAACGCCUUGGUGCCCGAGGCGUGCUGCAAGCUGGAGGGCGACCCGAGGAAUUUUGUGCCUAAGGAUGCUUCUUGUCCUUCCCGCCCCAGCGAGGAGAACUCGUACUACCUCACAGGGUGCCUCAGCAGGUUACAUGAGAACACCUUCUACUACCUGACUCCUAUGUUGUCUGUCGCCAUCUGUCUGGGGACGCUCCAGCUUAUCCUCAUCACGCUCUCGUUUUACAUGUGUAGAGCCAUUAGCAAGGCUCUCAAGUCUGUGCAGUGUGAUGAGGAUGGCCAACCCAUGGACAUGGUUUUCUGGAAGUCACCUAGGGUUGCUACGGUAGACUGAUGCUGUGGAUCGAGGACCACGCCAACGUGCUCAUGGGGAUCGGGAUCGGGGUGGGCGUCACUCAGUUGCUGGGACUCUGUUUUGCCUGUUGCCUGUGUUCCGUGUUAGGGCGCAAAGUCAAGUGACGCCAGGAGCAGCAGCAGCAGGACCAAGAGCUCCACACCUACAAGCAGCACCAACAUCCCUCAAGCCCGCAACGACUAGAAAAGUGAAUGAGUCGUGGUGUCACUAUAAGGAAACAAAAGCAAAUAUAACUUCAAUGUUAUAUUGACCACAACUUUAAUGUAACUGAAAUCAUAUCAAUUGAGUAGGACAAUAUUAAUUAAUGGGGUACACGUAAAUUGUACUAGAAGUUUUUUAUAUUAUGAUUUGCUCCCCCAGUACACAUUUUUUACAUAGCCCAUGACAUAUAAUGGAAUUGGUAACUUGUAUUGGUAAAUGCAUUAAUGGUGUUCGUAUGUUCAAUUUGCCUGACACGCCAACACGUCAGCAAACCUACUACGUACAUAUCUGAGAAAUGAGUGAUAUGGUCGCUUGACGCGCGGCAGUCCACACCGGCGAGCGCUUCUUUGUUAUUACUCGUAUUGUGUUAUGUUGUUUUUUUUUUCAGUCACUUUUGUAUCUCAGUAAGUUUACUUUUUCCUUUAUCUCAGUGUCAAAGAAAUUGUUAUAAUCAUUUAGUUGUACGUAAUUAUCACACCAUUUGAUUCGUUCCUAUUAUUUUCCGUAGGUUAAAAAGACACUCAUGCUAUUACAGUUGUAGUUUCCCACAACUUCAUAGUCUUCACCGAGGCCUGGCGUCUCCUUGAUUGCCUGUCGCGGAGCAGAUGAACGAGUAGUCCCGGCCUCCCGUCGUGCUCCGCGACACAGCACCACCAUCCUCACUCCCUCCCUUCCUCUUUUGGACCGCCACCAAGCUCGUUAACGGUACAGCAGACUUCCAGCCAAAUAAAUCGUAACAUUGUGACAUUGUCAUUUUUUAACAAAGCUGAUCUGACAUUCUAUAUAUAUGUGUGUAUAUGUGGUUCUUUGAUGUCUUUGAUUAAGAAGAAAUGACUUGUAAAUAGUUAUUCAAUAUAGCUUUAUGGGACUAUAAUAUUUCUUAUAAAAUGAUAACAUAUUUUGAGAACUUCUAUGUAAAUAAACAAACUACUGCAUCUUGGAGGAACGGUGUUUACAUGCCAUGUCUCUCAGUUGCCAGAGGAAUACCUGUAUGCCCUUACAUGCUGCAUUUAUAAUAACUCAUCGUGUCCUACCUCUAGUAUGCCGAGAUGUUGAUGUCCUGUGUUGUCAUUUGUUGGGGCGAGAAAGAAGCGGGAAGUGUUCGAGAGGCAUUCAGGAGCUGACGUGUCUGGGAGGUGACCACGUGAAGGCUAUGCUGUUGGUGCUGAGCGUCACUGUUGUGUGCCACCCCUAAAGUUAAUGUUAGUUGUUGAAAUAGUUAUCAUGUCCUCCUUCUCUGAACGGGACAGGAAGCUGGACGAUUUAGAGACGUGAAAACUUGACAAUGUUGACAAGAUAACUCCUCAAUCUGGCUCUGAGGCUAAAGGAAGCCUGCGGUGUUUUACCGACCACAGGUAAAUUGUAUAUUCAUAAGAUGAUGGUAUAUAUUGAAAAGAAAUAGCGUAAGAAAUAUUUUUGAGAGUAUUUGAAUAUAUUAUGAUUAACAUUGUUACAAUAAAUAUUCUAUAUGUGAUAAAGUAUUGUAGUGUAGCAUGAAAAUUUUCUAGUAUAGGCCAAUAAUAAUUUGUAUAUUCCUCUUAAAAGUAAUUCAAAUGAACGUUAGAGUGAACGUCUGUGAUGGAACAUUUCACAUUGCGCUGAUGAUAAAAUUUCCGCUAAAUGUCACCCAAACAAGUUGAAUCCCUUGACAGAGCGGAAGGCACGUGGACUGACUGACUGGGGAGUGUGUCCUGCUGAUCAGUGGUAGAGGUCGCUUUCUCACUUACUCCCCUCGCAUCCUCUCACCUUGUCCCACCCAUUCUCUCUCUCUCUCUCUCUCUCUCUCUCUCUCUCUCUCUCUCUCUCUCUCUCUCUCUCUCUCAUCACAUAAACCGAAUAAAAAUCGGAAGGGGAGUCCUCAUUCUAAUCAAGCUUCAAGUCCUCCCCUAUUUUUUCCUCAUUCACGUCCAAUGCCAUAUCUUUCCUGCGUCCUCCAUGCCCCAUCACUAUCCCUUCACCAUCCCAUCCCUGUUCCCCUCAUUUCCAUGUCUUCUGUGUGCGCCCUAUCCCUGUCAUUAUGCUCAGGACGCUGUUCCUGUCUGUCACCUCUCCUCCUGUUAGCACAUUCUUCUGGUUCAUUUGUCUCGUUAAUACUGUGUUGUGAGCAUUUGAUGCAGAGGAAGAAGAGGAGUCUAGUGACAUCUAUGUUGACUUUACGCCAAAUAUUUUUAUAACACUGAAAACUGUAGUGAGAAAGUGUCUUCGCGACGGCCGGCAUCUUCCACAUCGGAAGGAAAAUGAGGGGCGUGAAGGCCGGCCGGGCAGCAGCGCCCCGCGGUCUGGUCUUCCUGGGUGGUGUGCGUCAGUCUGGGUUUGCGGUGUAGUGUUUCACGAUGAUUUCGUUAUUUUGUGUGAUUUUCGUCUAGCUUCGUGUGGUGUCAUUUAAAGUAAUAAUUGUUCUAGAUCGCUUUCUAUUUCAAGGAAAUUUUAUUGAUUGGCUGGUUCAAGUUUGUAUUGAUUAGGUGUUUUGGAUAUAUAUAUAUAUAUAUAUAUAUAUAUAUAUAUAUAUAUAUAUAUAUAUAUAUAUAUAUAUAUAUAUAUAUAUAUAUAUAUAUAUAUAUAUAUAUAUAUAUAUAUAUAUAUAUAUAUAUAUAUAUAUAUAUAUAUAUAUGGUAUUUAUAAAGUUCUUCCAUCACUAUCAGUUGUGAAGAUGUAAAUGAUGUUUCUCGAGGAGGCUUUCCUAUCCCUCGUAGCAAAUGUUUCAGGGAUUUAUCCACCUUUCUAAUUAGAAGGUAACGCAGAGGUGUAUUGUGCUCUGGUCCCUUCCUAAGUCCCGCUGCCAGGCUUCCGCCGGCACGGUUGCCCCGCGUCCCACCAACACCGUCACACCGCCAGUAACCGGCUGGCCAUUACCUGGAGUAUUAUAGGAAUAUUUGAAGGUAUUUCCGUGUGAUUCCGAUCUACUGAAGGCAUUGUCAUAUUUGAUAACUUGCUUAACUGUUGAUUAAAUGUGGUUAGAUGUUCUAGUGUAUUCAGAUAUCUUUCAUAAUAAAAUGGUCAAUUAA